AUGUUGACAUUGCCCAUUGAUGAACCAGCUAUGAUGUGUGAGCCACGGUUCGGUGCGAAUUACCCCCGCGAGACAUUACCUGAGGACCUGGCGCGGGAUAUCGGCCGGCGGGACAGCAUGCACGAGGAUAUGUCCAACUCGGACAUGCGUGAGGAUGAUCUGCUGGAGGACGAGGACCUCUCUCUCGGAGAGGAGGACGAGGACGAAAGGGAGGAGGACGAGCCCGACGCCAACGGGAUAGCCAAGACGCGGGGGGCCCGGAGGAAGAAGCCGUCCAAGGGGCGCCACGAGCGGGUCAAAGUUCGACGGCAGGAGGCGAACGCGCGGGAGCGGAGCCGCAUGCACGGCCUGAACGCGGCGCUGGAGAGCCUGCGUAAAGUGGUGCCGUGCUACUCCAAAACCCAGAAACUCUCCAAGAUCGAGACGCUCAGGCUGGCUAAGAACUACAUCUGGGCUCUGUCCGAGACUCUGAGCGCGGGAAAGAGGCCGGACCUGCUCGCCUUCGUGCAGACCCUGUGCAAGGGCUUGUCCCAGCCCACCACCAACUUAGUCGCAGGGUGUUUACAGCUGAACGCCAGAAACUUCCUCACCGACCACAACGGGGACGUCAUGUUCUCCGCAAGGCCCCCCCCUUACGACUCCAUGUACCCCUACCCCGGCUCCGAGGCGAGCGCCCCGCCAGGCCACAGCAGCAGCGGCGGCGGUACCGCGGACAGCGCCAAGCCCUUCCGCCACUACAACUACGGUGGUGCCGCGUACGACGCCGGCUACUACGAGAACGCGUCCCCGGAGGGCGGGAGUCCCCACCUGGACGGGCCGCUCAGCCCGCCGAUGAACUUCAACGGGAUCUUCUCGCUGAAACACCACGACGACGCGUCCGAAUACAGCAAGAGCAGUCCUUACGGGAUGCGCUACUGCGGUGCGCCAGGCCGCGCUGCGCUCGGGCAGAACUCCAUGUAUCGAGGGGGGGGGCCCGAGGCCCGGUUCCCCUACGACCUGCACCUCCGCGGCCAGCCCUACCAGCCGCAGGCCGAGAUGCACGGCGCUUUCCACAAUUGA